GCUAGGAAAACAAACAACUCGAGUGAAGAAGGAUCGGUAGCCGGUCAGAUUGAACAAUUUGUUGAUACAGUUUCCUACACAGUCCUGAUUUCUAGUCAUGCGAUAUCAAGACGUUUGUUUUUUAUUACAUAUAUUUUAAGCAUAUUUGCUGUCUGAAACAGUUAUCUCCAUUGCAGUGUUGUUGCACUAGCAAGUUAAUAUUCGUCAUAUUUUCUGUUGCUUUUAUAUUUAUAGAUGUUUAUUUUAUGUAAUCAUCCUGUAGACAACAUUUAAUUAAAAAAAAAAAAACAUAAAAAACAACAAUCCGGUAUGUAUUCUCGGCGUUUGGUAAAACGUUCGAUUCUUGGGAGCCGUGUAUGUGCCCCUAGCCCCACGGGGGACGGAGCGCUGCUCCCAGGGGUGGUUCAAGCUGUCAAAUUGGAGAACAGGGAAACGGUGCAGGGAUCUCGCCGUAACGUGUACAUAGUGUUGCUGCAGGAUGGGACCCUGAAAGAGUAUUCUGAAGAGGAAAUCGUCAAGAGUCCAGCACAAAUGACAGGGAAAGCGCAACUCAAGUACAAGACUGCCUGCACUGAUUGUGAAAUGGUUACCACUUCCCAGCAACAGGAGCAAAGGAAGAGUGAUAUCAACCAAAAAAACAAUCAGAAGCUUCUUGGGAAAGAGGAGGAUAUAAAAAGGCUUGACAGUAAAAAGGCAAACAGAAUCCAGGACCAUGAAAAGGAUCACACACGUUCUGUCUCGCUUUUGGAGCAAAAGCACAAAGUUGUUUCCUCGAGUAUUGAUGUCCCUCAUGCAAGGAAAUUGUCAGAAGAAGUGGAUAUGGAUAAAGUGACGGCAGCCAUGGUUCUGACAAGUCUGUCAACCAGUCCACUGGUCCGCAGCCCCCCUAUCAAAGUUAAUGAUGGCACAAAUGAAUCUUGGAAAGAAGGAGGCUUCAACCCCUCCAGUUACAGCAGUAGUGGCUACUGGAGCUGGAAUGCCCCUAGUGACCAGUCCAACCCAUCCACCCCUUCUCCACCCCUGUCGACUGACAGUUGCAAACCCUUCCACUUCCCCAGCCAGCCAGAUGAUGGUAUUGACGAAGUAGAUGCAAGCAACCUGUUGUUCGACGAACCAAUUCCCAGGAAAAGAAAGAACUCCAUGAAAGUGAUGUUUAAAUGCUUGUGGAAGAACUGCGGGAAAGUUCUGAGCACAGCUACAGGAAUCCAUAAGCACAUUUGUACUGUGCACUUGGGUCGCAGUUGUGACUCUGAUUGCAGUGAUGGUGAAGAGGAUUUCUACUACACGGAGAUUAAACUGAACACAGACUCGGUGGCUGAUGGGCUGAGCAGCCUCUCUCCAGUCUCGCCAUCCAUGGUCUCCCCACCUCACAUCGUUUCCAGCACAGAGCCUGGCCGUCCAGAGAGUAUCUGUAUGAGAAAUGAGUCCAAGCUUACAACCCCGCUGAGCCGCUCAGCUCCCAGCACUCUCUACCUCGUACAUGCAGAUCAUGCCUAUCAGGUGAAGGCAACAGCACCUGUUAACAUUCCAGGGUCUGCCAACUUCACUCCAAGCAGCAGCAGCUUUAGUAUUUCCUGGCAGUCUCCACCUGUUGCUUUUACUGGUAUCCCUGCAUCACCACCACACAUCCGUACCCAUGGAUUUAGAGAACAUUGUCCACAGGCCCAUGUUGUGCUGUCAUCACCGCCCAGAGCUGCAGUGGGACUCAGGAAGUCUCGUGGGGAGGGGAAGAAAUGCCGCAAAGUAUAUGGAAUGGAGAACAGGGACAUGUGGUGCACAGCCUGUCGUUGGAAGAAAGCCUGCCAGAGGUUUAUCGACUGAGGAUAGGAACCAAAAGCUUUGAGCAGCUGCACCAUAACAUUUUGAAGAAACCUAUAUGAAACUGCGGGUGACACAUUCAUGGAAGCAUUUUCCCUGCGGUCCUUUUUUUUUUUAAGAACUGUUCAUUAGUAUGAGCUAUCUUAAUGGCCUGUCAACAGUGAAAAAAUUGCAUCUCCUGGCCUGUGAAUAUCCUACUGUAUCUGGAAUGUAUUCUGGUUUUGGGUCGAUAGGCUGUUCAGGAUGGGCAGAGGAGGUGUUCUCCAUUUCUCUUCAUGGAAAUAGACUACCAUAAAACUCUACUCCUCUGCAAGUAAUUUCAUGGACAACCUAGAUUUUUAUAUAUCAUUUUAUAUGAGUUUACCAAUAGACUUUUUUUUCCAGAGGUUUGCUUAGAAAACCAGCAUCUCUGUUUUAUACCAGACUGACAGUGACAUUCUUAUCUUGCAGAUGUAAAGUGUAACUAAAAAAAUGCUGAUUUGUAUUGUUAUAGUAUGGUACUGAAGCUACAGUAAAUGACAUUGUGCAAAGCUUAUACCAUUUUUCCUAAAUUGAAAAAACAAACAAACAUUAUCCCUUGUUUCCACGUGCCUGCUCCAAGGUGUUCAUGUUUAAAAUGACCUGGAUACAGUAGUUUGAAACAUGGCCCUGGAACCAAAAUAAAUGGGUUUAAAACAUACAGGUUUGAAAACCAUUAAAAUGCAGCUGCAUAUUGAGACACAAAUUUUUAUCCAAGUUUUUUUUUUUUUUUUGUGGGAAUAAUAUCCUGCCACAACCAGGAAUGUCAUUUUAACCCUUUUAGUCCAGAAUUAGUUUUGUCGAGCUGAAGGAACUCUGGAGAACAAAAAAAUAUUACACAUAUAUUUAUACACUACCUCAGACUGGGACCUAGAAGUCCAGUGAGGUACCAAUGUCAUUUCCAACGGGAUAUGUUAACAUAUAGCACUAAGAUAAGGGUUAAGUUUGUACAUGCACCUGUAGUUUCCUAUUGGUUCCCUUUCAAGUACGAAAUGUAACCAUUACCUCAUGGGUAUUAAUCCUUUGAUACCGUCUAACCUGAAUAGAUAUUCCAAAGCUGCACAUAGUGCCAGUGACGCAGCAUUUUUCCUUUCACCGCCUGAGAGAGAGAGAAAGAGAGAUCUAUGAACAGAUGUGACAGUGUCUCAUAUCGGAUUUUUCGCUUGUGUUUGUCACCUAUUGUGAUUGUUUUUACGUGUUUUAGUAAAAAUUACUUCAUGUAUUGUGCACUUGGCCGUGGUUGUUCGGUAGUCCCGCGUGAACCCGGCAGCUCCGCUGCGCCUUCCUUAGGAUCAAACAACUUAAGUCGGCUACUGGUGCUCUCUCGUAAGCUGCUAGCUUAGGUUGAAGUGUAAAAUAUUUUUUUUUUUUUUAUUAUAAAAAAUAUAUUUAAAUAAUGGUAAAUGUUUGAUUACUGUUUUGUGUGAGAAGAAAUUGUUUUCUCUGUUGUAUUUUCUGUCUUUUUCCACAGAAAUACUACGCGGCUGCUGGGCUCAGCUGUCCUGCAUUGACAGAGACGCGUGCGCUGGGUCAAUCCUGCUUGUAGCUUUUCCCACAUUGUCUUUGUACCACGUUAAGAUCUGCUUGCAGAGUUAGUGUGAAGACUGUUAGGGCUCUAACAGUAGGCUUUCCUUGGGUUUCAAUCUGUUGGUUAGCCAAAAAGUGUUAUAGGUGGGCAUCCCUGUAUCACUCCUGUGGUAACUGUAGGUCCCAGACCUGCUCCCAUUCCCGCUGGUACUUUGUACAACGAAUGAGGUUAUCUUUGCAGAUUCACAAGCAGUUGCUGGACUCGGCUCUGCUUCGGGUCUGAUUUGCUUGCAGUCCUUCCCGCAGUAUUUUGUUGUUGUUCUGGUCUCUGCUUGCAGUACCACUGCGAAGGCUGUCACGGCUGACAGCAGGCUUCCUCCAUUCUUAGGGCUAUGUUGUGUUAAGCCAGAAGCUAUUCAGGUGGGCAUCCCUGCAUAUUGCUUCUUCGGUAACUGUAGGUCAGUGAUCUACCACCAUUCUUAGUGAACAAGGUUACUGUAACGGUAGUGUACCAUGCUCUGCACCAUACCAUACCGUGUGCACUGUACUUGUACCGUGCAGUACACCUUAGUGUACCAUGCACCGUACUGUACCAGGGGUACCGUGCGCCAUAUACUGACUAUCUACCGUACAUUGGGCAUUAUAAUAUAUCAUUAGCACUAUACCGUACCGUUUGUACCAUACUGUGCAUAUCGUGCACUGUACCAUACUGUUGCACUGUACUGUGUGUACUGUGCUUUGUGCACUAUAGAUACGUUCUGUCUGUACCGUACAUUGUACUAUAGUAAACACCAUUGAUCUAAUCAGCUCUGGUUAGAGUCAUUGACCACUGUUGUCGCACUGCCAGCUGCAUAGUAACUUGCUGUGUGCGUUGUUCAACAAUCUCCUUUGGGUACUAGUAAUAUAUGCUAUACUGUUAUAGCAAUUAUAGUUAAAGGUCAUUUGCAUUGCACACUAUUGUAGUUCCAUUAUGCUGGGGUUUCAUUCUUGCGACACAUGCAAGAUCGGUCUCCCCACGGAGGACAGGCAUGGCAGAUGCGCUGCCUGUCUGGGUCUGGAGCACGCUAAAGAGGCACUCGCCGACCGCAACUAUUGUGAGUUUUGUGCACCCUUCUCUAAGCGUACAUUAGAGGAACAAGUGUCACCCAGCUCUGUAGAGCGCUCUCUGUCCGUUCCACCUGGACAAAGCUCCCCUCCUUCUUCAGCCCAGAAAGACAGAGCUGUAUCCUCUCAUGAGAGCUUUGUGCCUAGGGAAAGUAACAUCAUGUAGGAGACCGGCUUCACGGUCCUCCUCAUCUUCUCCUUCCCCCUCUCUUUCUCCGGUUUCCUGAGGAGGAGGAGGAGAAAGAGCCACCAGUCUCAUAGAUCGGAGAGCUCCGCGCAGCUGGAUAAGCUCUUGGAAGCGGUCUCCCAAAAGGGAGGCACAGGGAGUAGUACAUACAGAAUGGCAGCAAGAGGAUCUGCUGUCUACUGCCGCUUUUGAGGAGGCAGUCGAUCAAGAGUUCCCCUCUGAGGAGGGUGACUCAGGUGGUGCAACACCAGUAGUGCAUGUGUCAUUAUCAGCAGAGCUUUUGCGCUGAUUAAGAGGGUGUGGAAAAGUGGAUUGCAGUGCAUAGGUGUAGAGGUAAUGCAGUGCUCCAGAUAAUAACAAACAACAAAGUUACUGGUGAAAUGAUGGUUUUAUUUGUAAACAUCACUUGACAACAGUAAAUAAUAAUGAGAACUGGCAAUACACAACGAUGUGUAUGGCUCAGUUAAAUCCACAGGGUUCAGUCCCAAAACAAUAAAGACGGUAUUUAAACACACAAUAUACACGAACACGGUCACAAGUCCAAGGUGAGUGCUGUAGUGCUCAUGGGGAAAAUACAAUUUAUCGUGAACAAGGUGCCUGUAGCGACAGCUCCGAAUUGUGUUAGCCGUCUAAUAACAACAAACAAGUAGAUUUUAGACAAGACAAAACAAACAAAACACUCACGGUAGUUUUACACUCGUCCUUCAGCGGUUCACUCUUAGCCAUUACAAAGGAACAAAUCACCUAGCCACGUCCCCUUCUUGUACCUUCAGUUAAACCCCCUUGGUUAAUGAGUGCAGCUGUUUCUCCUCAUCCACUUUACCUUUGGGGCAAUGACUUAAUGUACUGCAGCUGUGCCCCCUUUCUAGAUGGCAGACUUUCACUUAACCCUGGGAAUGAAUUGCCAGGCCAUUCACUCUAUUCUCUUUAUGCAAUGCCCUCACAGGUCGGGAUAGAGAUUUAUCACUCUGUCUCUGUCACAGAGGGCCCCAGAUGUGUUGAAUGUUCCAUGGCCUGUAGAUGACAAGCAGAAACACCUACAUUUUUGAGGAUGAUCCCGAUCCCGAUCCCGAUCCCUCUCGCGUGUCUCGUCCGGUACACCCGGAUUUCCUCUUUGAGGUGCAUUCAUCCUGGGGUCACCCGGCUACAGUGCCUGCUGCUUCAUGUUCUUUGGCAACGCUGUACCGCUGUUUCUGUACAGCAGAAAAACUUGGCUUUGCUGAUUUUCCACCAGUAGAUGCCGCUAUCGCAUCAUGGAGCAAGCCCCAAAGCUAGCGCUUUUAACAAAGACGCUACCUGCCCGAAUAAACAGUGCAAGGUUUCUGAGAUUAUACUUAAAAAGGCUUACUCAGCUGGUGCGUUUGCUGCACAACUAGGUAAUUAUUACAGCAUCCUGGUGGCUUACCAGAGCUGUUUGUUGAAGUCGCUUUCACACGGUCACAGACCCAUACCACAGCAGCUCGAGGAACUGCGGCUGGUGAACCUGCUCAACAGGCAGGCAGUGGGUAGGAACCUGGCUGCUUUAGUAGCUGCAAGAUGUCAGCUCUGGCUGUCUCAGGCGCACAUAGUGGAUGGUGACAUGGGACCAUUGCUGGAUACUCCUAUUACUCCAGGACAUGCUUUUGGUCCUGCAGUAGAUUACAUGCUGCAGCACUCUCAUCGGGUGCGGAAGUCUACAAAGGAAAUGGUGCGCCUGCUUCCAAAGAGGCCGGCUCCAGUACGCAGACCGGCACCAAACUGGAGACCAGGGUUCGAGCAGUCUCAGAGACACCGACACACCAGGCUCCUGCUAAAGCCAGAGGGGGUUUUCACAACUGACCCGCAGCUGCGCAAAAGGACAAACUUCAAUAAGUUCAGCCGUCAAGUGCAAAGGCAAAAGCCUCCAACAAAGCAGCAGCUCUAGCAAUUUGCUGCCACAGGCCCAGGGCCCUUUUUCAGGGAGUUACCUGGAGUACUGGUGUAAAUGCACCUCAGACACCUUGGUGCUCAAUACUGUACAGACUGGCUAUUCUCUGCAAUUCAAACAUGGUCCUCCUCCAGAUGCGUUGGUGUUGUCUCAGGAGGUGACAGCCCUGCUGCAGAAGCGGGCUAUUUGCACAGUUCAUCCUCUUCACUUGGAAGAAGGUUUUUACUCCAGGUACUUCCUGGUAGCCUCAGACCAAUCCUCAAUCUCAGGCAGGUCAACUCAUAUCUGAAAUCGACAGAACUUCAAAAUGUUAACCAUGCAGCAGUUGUUGCAGUCAAUAAGGCCAGGCGACUGGUUCACUAUGGUGGACUUAAAAGAUACUUACUUUCACAUCCCGAUAAAAUCAGGGCACAGGAAGUACCUCAGGUUCGCUUUCCAAGGGACAGCGUACGAGUUUUGGGUUUUACCAUUCUCUCUUUAGCCUCCCUUGCCUUUUCAAAGUGCAUGGAAGCUAUUCUGGCCCCAUUGAGACUCAGGCAUCAGAGUGUUUAAUUACCUGGACAAUUGGCUCAUGCAGGCAGGGGCUCACACGAAACUCAUCACAGACCACCUGCUUCGGUUAGGUCUGUCAGUGAACUAUGCAAAGAGCUAGCUCACUCCUUCGCAGACAACCCUCCUAUUUAGGAGUGCAUCUGGAUUCCAGGACCAUGUUGUCCACUCUGUUGGAGGACAGAGUGCAGAGAAUAGCCACUUGUCUGAAGCUUUUUCAGCCCAACAUAAGGCUCACAGUAGUGACGUUUCAGUGGCUCCUGGGCUUGAUGACAGCAGCUUCCCAGACCCUCCCUUUGGGUCUUCUGCACAUGCGCCCUCUCCAAGGCUGGUUCAACAGCAGGGUUUUUCAGUCCGCGGCCAUCUGCUAACAGUGUCUUGGCACUGUCUGCAGGCUGUAUCCUGGUGGACACAGUCUGCUCCCCUACGCUUAGGCAUAGCGCUGGGCAGCGUUACCAGCGUUACCCACAGAUGUGUCCAGCCUUGGCUGGGGCACCGUGUGGAACGGCAGAGGAGCGCAAGGAGUAUGGAGACUCCCUGUGGCAGGGUCUCCAUAUAAAAUAUAUAUAAAUAACUAGUGUUUGUUUAUUUUUUUUUUUUUUAUUUUUUUUACAGGAGGUUCAGGGCAGACAUGUGCUUAACUGGACAGACAACACCACCACCGUGACGGUCUCAGGUCCCCCAGUCUCCACCGGGCUGCCCGCAAGCUGUUGCUUUGGGUGCACCAUUACCUCCUCUCACUCCAAUAACAGAAGCCGGGGACCCACUGGCAAUAGAUGCCUUGGUACACCAGUGGCCGAGGCAGCUUCUGUAUGCCUUUCCUUUUCGCCAUGCUCCCUCUGUGCUUGGAAAAGAUCAGGCAGGACUGGGCCAGGGUGUUAUUAGUAGUCCCUUAUUGGCCCAGGAGACUGUGGUUUUCAACCCUGAUACAGCUCCUGCCAGCCAUGGAGCCUACCGAAACGCCGCGACCUGCUCAGUCAGGCACGGGUGAUGUUGUGGCAUCCCGACCCAUCGAGCCUGCAGCUCUGGGUCUGGCCCCUGAACGGCACCAUUUGAGCUGUCUGGGGCUUUCUAAAUAGUCAUUGACACUACAGAAUGCCAGAGCUCAAUCCACGCGUUCCCAGUAUGGGUACAAGUGAGGCUCUUUUCAAAUGUGGUGCCUGCCUAAGGGGUUAGACCCUACAACCUGCCCCAUAGCAGUUAUACUGCAAUUUUUAUAGGACCUAUUCGAUGAGGGGAAAUCCCCCUCUACAUUAAGUCUAUUGGCAGCCAUUCGGCUUGUUAUAUUAAAAUUGAUUCAAAAGCCUGCUUAAUUUUUGCAGAAGCCAAGGUGAAAGUCACACUUAGCACUAAUCCUGCUUUUUUGCCAAAAACCAUCUCGGCAUUCCACAUGAAUCAGACGGUAGAGCUUGAGGCGCUUCAUCCGCCUCCUAUCCAGUCUGAUAGAGAGCGGCAGCUCCAUACGCUUUGCCCAGUGCAGGCACUAGCGUAUUAUGUGGAUAAAACUGUUAUGGGGCUAAGUCCCAUGGGAAAGCUCUGUCUAAACAGACUGCAUAUGAACAAGCCAACUUGCCUCCUCCAGAGAAGCUCACUGCCCAUUGACCAGGGGCAUGCAACUUUGUGGGCUUUAUUCCAGGGCGAAACUGUCAGACAUUUGAGAUGCAACAGUGUGGGCUAUGCCCCACACUUUUGCAGGGUUCUAUAAACUGAAUGUCGUGGAUCCACAAAACCCUGGGUUUGGAACAAGAGUGUUAAGGGCGGCCUCGAUCUCGACCCUUACAGCAUAAAAUUGGAGGGGAGUUUCCCCUAAAUUUUUUUGCCCUGUUACUUGUACUGGGUUCCUCAUGAUAAUGCGCAAGGUGGCCUUGGCCGAGCCUUGUAGCUUUUCACUUGGUCUGUAUGUCUAUCCAUGAGGUAAUGGUUACAUUUCACACUUGAAAGGGAACGUUAGGUUAUUAUCAUAACCGUGGUUCCCUGAAAUAGAAAUUAACCAUUAAUCUUCAAGGUCACUGCGUCUUAUUGCAGCAGUCUUGAGGGAAAAAUGAUAACGUUUUGAGUGUCAGUAGUCUCUUUAUGCCCUCGGGGGCAGGCGUGACUGCGUCACUGGCACUACGUGCAGUUUUGGAAUAUCUAUUCAGGUUAGAUGGUAUCAAAGGAUUAAUACCCAUGAGGUAAUGGUUACAUUUCUAUUUCAGGGAACCAGGAUUAUGAUAAUAACCUAAUGUUUUGUAACAGAAAAUGGUGCAAGCUUGCAAUAGAGCAGAAGCUACUGUACUGAGAAUACCUUUUGAAUAUGUAAAGAUAGAUUUGGAAAUUGUUUUCUUUCUGGUGAGUAAACUUAUUAUUCAUAUUAGAUGUGUGAAGUGUGAGGUUACAUAGUAACCCCUAAAUACUAAAUUACAUUACUUACACACACUUACACAUGAGCAUUCCAUUUUAUUUAAAUUUAUUUAGUAUUUGACAUCCUAUACAGUGGUAGCCAAAACCAGCUAUAUAAAUGGCGAUAAAACUGAAGUCAAUGUGAUAUGCAGUUUAGUUAACCAGUCCUGCAUCUUCUGCAGCCUAGAGGGUGCUAUCUGACUAGUUUUGCUGGUUACACAGAACUAGCAUUGACCCCACCUCCCCAUUAAAAAAGUAUGAAAUGUAUUGUUCUGAUAAUUAUAAUGACAAUAGAAUGUCUUUAAAAGGUGGACAUUAAAAAAAACUAAAUAUUCUACAAUUUAGCAUUUACUGUAGAAAUGGAGGGAAAGAAGGCAGGGAAAAGUUUUUACAUGGUAGCAGCAUUCCCUUGAUUGCCCUGUGCAAUGCACUGAGAUGCAGGACCAUACCGCUUUAAAAGUAAUGUCUCCUGCACAGUAAAUAGCAAAUACCAAGAUCUCCAUGCUAAUACUGAACAUCUGUCAAAAGAAUGAUUCUUCACUAGCUUGUGACAAGCCUUUUGCAAAAGGGAGUUUUCUUUUUCUGGGGAUCUUGUUUAAUUGCUGUGUUAUUCUUAUCUUGAACCAAUCAAGAACAAGGUAGUGAACAGCUUUCUAGUGGUUCUGUACUGUUGUCUUAUGGUUUCUAGCAGCAGAAAAAACAAUACAAAAGUGUAUAUUCAGAACAAGUUAAUACACACUCAUCAUUUUUAAACUGAACAUUUUUAAACAGUCACUCACAGUCCCAGGGCUGAACUUAAAAGAAUGUUGAUUAAAUGUGACUUUUUUGUCCAAUUUAAGUGCUUUGCAGAAAUAAUUUAAUUUAAUCAGCACUGCCCUGACACAGGUUUUGAGUGAGGGCAGUUCUGACCAUAGUCAUACAAAUCGGGGGAAAAUGGUUUUUAAAAAAGGUUUAACUCUUCAUUUAGUUUUUUUUUGUACUUAAAUUAAAGUUUCAAUAUGUGUAUCUAAUAAUGUGGCUGUGCAGUAUAAGUAUAUAUAUAUAUAUAUAUAUAUAUAUAUA